CACAGCCUUGCAAGAUGCUGAUACUGACCAUGGCUUAACUCCCAGAAUGACAAUACUACGUGCUGAGCUGAGUGAGCUCGCUCCUGCUAACACCAGCAAUCCAGCAGGAACUAGCCUUCUUACGAAGCUUCGAUAGGUUGCACCUGAAUACCCUUGUCUUCGUAUAAUUAGCUGCCAUAUCCCGGGUCCAUCGUUACGCAAAGCUUAUAUCCCGCGCAGACGCAGCAGUAGCUAGCUGGGAAGCCGAGGCGUUGUAAGCCGUAUUCAACAAGGACGUUGAAGCUUACACAUUUGCAUACACGUAAUAAUUGAGUUAACGUAAGCCAAGGGUGUUGUGGAGGUGUUCAGGCCUACCGAUGGAGCAAUUCCAUGACUACACGCUCGCGUCAAAGCUCGAAAGGUUUGUUGCAGCUAUCGAGCAAACUUUGAUUUCAUGGCAGCGGACAGGCCUGCAUGAGAUCAUCUCCCGCGGCUACCGCGCCCGCAUCCGGGAGCAGCCCAGCCAGGUCCGUGUGGCAGCCAGCCUGCAGCACAGGCUGCCCUGGCGGCGGGAGCCGUACAUCCUGCAGCUGCACCUGCCCACCGCACCCGCACUGGCCUCAACAAGAGGAGCUGCUGCGUUGUCAUCCCCCCAACCCCCCCAGCAGCAGCAGCCCCAGCACCCGCGGGACGGCCCCCCGAAGCAGCACCCGCACCCGCACCCGCACCCACCAGCAGCGCAGGGGGGCGCCUCCGCCGCUGCGAGCGAUACCCCUGCCCGCGCCGCCACAGCCGCACCAAAGUGCCCUCCGCCCCCCCUCCCUCUACCGCAGUCGCAGCCACAUCAGCCGCCGCCAGCAGCAGGGCCAGCGGCUAACGGCAGUGGCAGCGGCGGUGACAGGGGCAGCAGCAGCGCUACAGGUACCUCCACUGCUGCCCUUGCCGCUACCACCGCGGCUGCUGCUGCCUUCUCCCCAAGCAAGCGAGAUGGGGUUAGGCAUGCCGAGGGCCAAGAGGGGAACACGCGUGACGAGGUGGUCAGCGGCAGCGGCGGUGGCAGCAGCAGGGGCGCUGGCGGCGAGGGUGAGUGUUGUUGUGGUG